UCUCUUAGUAUAUAUAUAGGAACCAACCUUCACUCUUUCAAUUCACUCUGAAAACUCUCUUUAUCAUCUCUCUCUUUUCUCUCUCAUUCUUCCUCUUUAACAAUGGGAAAAGUUGGAAAGUUGACAAAGCUCAAGUCAGCCAUGAAGAGACUCCCAUCUUUGAGCAAGCUUUCGCGCAGCAGCAGCAGCAUAGCGGCCUCGAACAGCAUGGAAUCUGAUCAUCAUCUGGAGAAGGGUUCAGAGGAUCUUCACGCAGUGUAUGUGGGGAAGUCAAGGAGAAGAUAUUACUUGAGUUCUGAUACCAUUUGCCACCCUCUCUUUCAGGAGCUGAUUGAUAGGUCAUCAAGUGGAAAUGGCGGUGGUGGGGGGUUCAGUGAAAGAAAUGGAGAAGUUGUGGUGUCUUGUGAAGUUGUGUUGUUUGAGCACUUGUUGUGGAUGCUUGAGAGUGGCGAAUCUCAGUUAGGUUCCAUGCAGGAGCUUGCUGAGUUCUAUACUUGUUGAUUAUUAUCAUUAAUGAGGAUGAUUAAAGUUGUAAUUUAUAUUAAUUAUAGGCAUGCAAAUUCUGAUGGUGAGGAUUAACCCAUUUGUUACACCCCCCCAGGCUGAUGAAGAAGAAGAAGUUCUUGAGGUUGGUUAGGAUGAAUUAGGGUUCUUGAUUAGGAAUAUUGUACUCAUUUUUAUCAAGUUUGUUCUUAUGUGGGUUUUGUAUAUUAAAUAAUUUUGUGGCAAAGCGACUUCCACAUGGAAAUCGCUGUCACCUCUAUAUGCAUAAAAAAAAACAUGUUUCUUCAUUCUCAUCAAGCGUUGGAUUAUUAGGUUCUAAAGGAGAAUUAUCAAAAAAUCUUCCCAAUAUCACAACCCAUUACUCUUUUACUUUUAGCUAGAAAGAUUCAUGAAUCUUUUUUAGAUUUUUCCCUAGAAUCACUUUCUGAAUAUCUAGCUAGUCAAUCUAUGUGUCCGACAUUUAAUUUGUACACUUAACUUGUUUGGAAAGAUGAUAUUCAUACGAGUAAGGAGAACGCACUCUGAGUUUCACUAUUUGAGGUCGGCAAGAGACA